AUGGCAAAAGAUCAAAGGCAAACCUCCUCGCCUUUCCCCGUCAUCGGCAACAGUCUUCUUCAGGCCCAGAUAAUUGCUCUCCCGCCUGAUGCCAUUUCUGGAUCUGGGUUGUUGAUGUUGACAACGCUGGAGAAGGAGGAAGAAGUCGUUGAGAGGGGUUUGGACUUAGGUCCCGACGAUCCUCAAACUCCUUUGCCGCUCACCGUCACUUCCCGGGUGCUUUAUAUGUUGGGAGAUAUAACAGCAGGUCCUGCAUAUCGUUUCACACAAUGGCUGGAGUUGGUCCGUAAAAGAAGUGGGAGAAGUCGCCCCUCUGGCUUCCCCCGCCGCCUCCCUAGUAUGCCCUUCCCCAGUGCAGGAGAAGAAGUAGUUUCUGAUACCAGAACUGAUCCACCUCCUGAGCAAGUUCCGGAGCUUAGUUUGUGGGAUAGGCUGGGUAAAGCCGCCAUGUUAGACAUAGACUCUACCUCUUUUAACUGGGACAUGCUUGCUUCACUCCACCAUAAUGAGCAUAGCAGUAGCAAUGAGCAAUCAGAGGAUGAAAUGACCAAAGCGCUUGAGGUUACAGUGAAUUCCGGGGGAGUUGUCUUCUUUGCCUUAUUCAACCAGCCUGAAAGCAGUGAUGUGAUUCCAAGGGAAGCAGCAGCCGUAAUAAAGUUUUCAUCAUCAAGGAUGGCCACACAAUCAGAACGCCUUGGUUAUGAAUUUGCAAAAUGGUUAGGUGUCCGAACUCCACAGGCUAGAGUGAUCCAUAACUUCAGCCCAGAGUGGCUCCAGAUUAAGGAAGCUGCAGAAAAGGCGAAAGCUACAGCAGCUGCAGAAGGGGAUGGAGUUGGUGAAAUGACUUGUUCAGAACUCAUGGAAGCUCUUGAAUUAAGUCGAUGUCUAUUUCUGAUGAGUUAUGUUCAUGGGUCUCCUCUAUUGGAAAGCUCCAAUGCAUUUGAGUCACCUGAAUAUGCAGAAAAAACUGCAGCAGCUCUUGGUAGGGUGUUGAUGUUGGAUCUUGUAAUCCGCAAUGAAGAUAGACUUCCAUGUCGUGAUCUGAGAUGGCGUGGGAAUCCAGCCAAUUUGCUGUUGGCUGAUAAAGUGAAUUCCACAGAUUGGGAUGAACUUGGGGGGCAUGUUUUUGAUUCUGCAAUUAGGAAACUCCAACCAAGAGUGGCUAGAGCUCUUCAAAAUGAUAGAAGGGCAAGCUCAGUAGAUAUCAAAAUCGUUUCCCAUAACCCAAGAUUAUCACAAGGUUCCGAUCUUUCUGAUGCAACAGAAUCACAAAAAUCUAGCAGCCCCGGCCUGGUAAGACAGGCUUCACAAGACUCGGUUGUAUCUGAUCUCUCCAGUUUUCAUAUUGUGGCCAUAGACUCGGGUGUUCCUCGAAGGCCUCCAGCUGGGAAACGUGCAAAUGACCAUGAAAACUAUCCUAAAUUGGUUGAGUUACUUCUGAACAACCCUGACUAUGCUUCAAACUUGUUGUAUGACAUAACUGGUGGGAAGUUAGGCUCUCCAUCUGAAGAUGGUGAUGACAUGCUUCAUUUAAAGCACACAGAUGCAAGUUCAGCUUCAGUUUCAGCUGCUGCUCGAUACUUUCGUGGUGGGUUUCGUGCGGCUCUGAGAGAUCUCCAAGGGUUCCACAUAUUUCUUCUCACGCUUCACCAAAAGCUAGAUAGCUUGUUGAGAGCAUUCUUGAGCAUUGCAAGCAAAACAGCUUCAGGAGACUCAGAUAGAGAGGAUUUUACGACUCCGGAGUCGCCACGUGCUCGUUGCCCUUCACCACCAAGCAAGGACAGGUUUUUCAAUGAUAACCAUCCAGACUUUAUAGACGCCGACCUUCCUAGAACUGCUGCAAGGUCAUCAACGCCUUCAGGAAGUAGAGAUACCCCUGACACUAGUUCGCCCAUUUCCAGAGAGAAUUGGCAUGGUAAGUUGUCCAAGGGGGGUGUAGAUCACCUUCGUAGCUUCCGUUUGACAACAAAGCUUCGUGACCUCCAAAAGUUUGCCAAGUGUGACACGGAGUCGAAUAAAGAUCUGGAACUGUGGAAUGAGAUGCUUAGAAAUGAUGCUAUCAAACUGUGUCAGGAUAAUAAUUUUAAUACCGGAUUCUUUGAAGGCAGUGAUAGUAACGGUGUUGUCGAUGCUUAUGAGUUGAAGGUUAGACUAGAACACAUCCUUGAGAGGAUAUCGCUAAUAUCCGAUGCUGCAAAUACGGAGAAACCAUCAUCCAUAACAAGCUGUCUGUUCAUUGGAGGGGCUUUGGCUGCCAGGUCUCUUUAUACUUUGCAACAUGUGGGAAUCACUCACAUAUUAUGUCUAUGUGCCAAUGAAAUUGGACAGUCGGAUUCUCAGUAUCCGGACCUGUUUGAGUACAGAAACUAUUCGAUAUGUGACAGUGAGGAUACAAACAUCAGCAGCAUCUUUGACGAGGCAUCUGACUAUAUAGACCUUGUUGAGUCAGCCAGCGGGAAGAUUCUAGUUCACUGCUUUGAAGGCAAAAGUAGAAGUGCCACCUUAGUUCUGGCAUAUUUGAUGCUCAGGAAGAACUUCACACUAGCAGAAGCAUGGACCAUCCUGAGGCGAGUGCACAGAAGAGCCCAACCAAACGAUGGCUUUGCAAAGGUGUUACUGGAUCUUGACAAAAAACUGUUUGGGAAAGUGUCCAUGGAGUGGCAGCAGAGGAAACCCAUGAUGAAAGUUUGUCCAAUUUGUGGGAAGAAUGCUGGCCUAAGCAGUAGUUCACUUAAGCUUCAUCUGCAGAAGUCACACAAGAAGCUGUCAUCAGGGAGUGUGGACAGUGCCAUGACCAUGGAGAUUGAAAAGGCCUUAGACGCGCUAAAAUUGACCAGAAGUGGGAGUGCCAGCCCCACGCAGACCCCUUCAUCAAUGACUGAUAUGGACGAGUAG